UCCCUCUUGUGCCACUUCUUUUUAAACCCCAAAACCCACCGAAAGCCUUUGCUUGGUGUAUAAUAAAAUUUUACAAAGACCAAACUUCUCUUUACCAAAACGAAAACCCAAAAAAACACAAUACUCUGUUUUACUCUGUUUUUUGCUCUGUUUUCCUCUGUUUUUUCAUAUCACAAUUCUCCAUUCUCUGCUCAAUGGAGUGGACUAGGGGACCCACCAUUGGCCGGGGCGCCACGGCCACUGUCCAUCUCGCCACCGACACCCGGUCGGGUGAGCCAUUCGCCGUCAAGUCCGCCGAGCUUUGUCGCGCGGUUUUCUUGCGAAAGGAGCAGUCUUUUCUCUCCAAAUUGAGCUCUUCUAGGAUAGUCAAGUACUUGGGUUUCGAUGUCACUACUGAAAAUGAUGUUCCAAUGUACAAUCUCUUCAUUGAGUACCUCCCCAACGGCACGCUUUUCGAUGCGAUCCGAAGCCGGGAAGGGAGACUAGAUGAGUCUCUGAUCAAAAUCUAUACUCAACAAAUUCUGCAAGGACUGGAUCACAUUCAUGAAAAUGGAUUGGUACAUUGUGAUAUUAAGAGCCAGAAUAUGCUGAUCGGUGAAGAGGGUAUCAAGAUUGCUGAUUUGGGGUGUGCUAAAUUCGUUGGAGAAGCCGAAUUCGGUGACAGUCCCCUGGUUUUGCAAUUCUCCGGCACGCCGGCUUUCAUGGCACCGGAGGUUGCCCGCGGCGAAAAGCAGGGGCUUGAGGCUGACGUUUGGGCUUUGGGAUGCACCGUAAUUGAGAUGGCGACCGGUCGAGGGCCUUGGCCGGAGAUGGAUGAUCCGGUGUCGGCACUUUACCGGAUCGGAUACUCCGACCGUGUGCCGGAGAUUCCGAGGUGGUUUUCGGAGAAAGGCAAGGACUUUUUGAGCAAGUGCUUGAAGAGGGAUUGGAGGGAGAGAUGGACAGUUAAUGAGCUUCUUGAGCACCCUUUUCUUCAAGUGUCGGAGUUGAGAUCGGAGCAACAAGUAAAGGCUAAAAUGAGUUCCCCAAGUAGUGUUUUGGAUAAGGAUUUGUGGGAUUCGUUUGAAGCUUUCGAGAGUCAUCAAGAUCAAGAAGCUUCUUCUUUGAAUUCUGCUGAAGAAAGGAUCAAGAUGUUGAUUAGAAGCGCAUUUUGUUCUGUUCAAAAUUUACCCGAUUGGAGCUGUGACGAAGAAAAUUGGUUCACUAUUAGAAGCAAUAGCAUUGAAGAGCCAAUUCAUGAAGAAGAGCUUGUUUAUGGCUCAAUAACAUUUGAUGAGGAAUUGUCGUUUGAUGAGGAAUUGUCGUUUGAUCGUUCUAUUGAAAUAGUUACUACUGUUGUUAAUGAGGGCACUUUUGUGAUGUCAUAUGAUGUUAUGUUGGAACUCCAAGAUGAAAUAAAACUUUUUUUACUUUGUGAUGAACUUUUGGUUGAGGAAUUGGAGGUCAAUGAGUGCGUUUUACCCACUCCUCUUCAUUCCUUCUUUUGGGAUUAG